CGAUUGCGGUCCAGACAGCUCAUCACGUUCCUGCUUCUCUGGCUCUUUGUCGUGCACUAUUUUGAGAGAUGGCAAGUAAGAAGCAUGAUCAAGUCUUGCCGCUGGAAAAACUGGGAAAAAUGGCCCCCAGGUGCCGAUCCACAUCAUCUGGUUGUUAUUGGAGACCCUCAAUUGGUGGACAAUUUCUCAUACCCUACAAGAAACAGGUUAUUGUUAUAUUUAACGCAGCGGCUUAGCGACAACUACUUACAUCGAAAUCACAGGCUUUACCACCAGAUCCUCAGUCCUGACACUACACUCUUUGUUGGGGACCUCUUUGAUGGCGGUCGUGAGUGGGAUAACCCGGUCUGGUACGCAGAAUACUCUCGCUUCCAUAAAGUUUUUGAUCCUGUUGAAUCAACAAGAACAUUAGCUCAAAUUCCCGGAAACCACGAUAUCGGUUUUGGAAAUGGAGUCGACCUUGCCGUGCUCAACCGGUUCAGAACAUUUUUCGGCAACCCUAACGACUACCUGGUUUUGGGAAAUCAUAGUCUCGUCCUUUUGGAUACUAUCUCUUUAUCUUCAUCAGAGCAUCCGGAAGUUAAUAAAGAUCCGACAGAAUUUCUGGCAGCCCUAAGCCAAGACAAUCACCAUGCAAAACAGUAUCCUCGAGUUCUUGUCAGCCAUGUGCCGCUUUACAGGUUUACAGAAUCUCAAACGUGCGGUCCAUUGCGCGAGUCGAAGAAACGGUUUCCAGUGAUGCGUGGGAAGCAGUACCAGACAGUAAUCGAGUAUGAGCUAAGUCAGCGCAUUUUGAACUCCAUUAAGCCAAAACUCAUCCUUUCUGGAGAUGAUCAUGAUUACUGCCAUAUUCGUCAUCCAUUGGCAAACACAAGAGCGGUUCGCUCGGUGGCCGGCGAGGCAUUCACUGACGAGAUCACCGUCAAGUCAUCUGCCAUGACUGGAGGAAUAAAGAGACCUGCUAUCCAACUACUCUCUCUCUAUAACCCACUAGACGGCGUUGCUGAUCCCGACGUUGUUCCCGAGGAAACAGGGUCCUUGGUGGUGACUCACGAUACGUUGCGAUCGAGGCUAUGCUAUCUUCCAGACCCUUACCAGGGCCUCAGAUGGUACGCGUUUGUGAUACUACUAAUGACCGCUUCGUUUGUGAUGGUCUAUAUGUACCCA